AGAAGAGCAGCCUCUCAGAUCGAUAAAGCCUAGCUGCACACCACAAGCAUCGUAAACACAGCACAGUUCUUUAUCCAUGCUGAGCUCCCCAUCUCAUCAGCAUCUCUAGAGCAACAUCUGGAUCGAUUCACUGUUUCUCUGCGCGCGGUGACAGCCUGAAAGGAUGGCUUUGUGUUGGUUCCUGUUGAGUUUCCUCUUCCAUUCCCUGUAUGCCCACAAUGACUUCUUCACUUCUAUAGGUCAGAUGACAGACCUACUGUACACAGAGAAGGACCUGGUGACAUCACUUAAAGAAUACAUCAGACAAGAGGAAAAUAGACUAGAGCAGGUCAAAGACUGGGCAGACAAACUGGACUCACUGACAAUCACAGCCACGCAGGACCCUGAGGGAUACCUGGGACACCCGGUCAAUGCCUUUAAGCUGAUGAAACGACUCAACAGUGAGUGGGCUGAUCUGGAGAGCCUGGUGCUGAAAGACACUGCCAAUGGGUUUAUUUCUAAUCUGACCGUCCAGAGACAGUUUUUCCCAACAGAUGAGGACCAGACAGGAGCAGCCAAAGCUUUGCUUAGAUUACAGGACACAUACCAGCUGUCUGCCAACACCAUCUCUAAUGGAGACCUGCCUGGUGUUGUGCACAAGAGCCGGAUGACAGUGGCAGACUGCUUUGAGCUGGGCAAGAUUGCUUACUCUGAGGCAGAUUAUUAUCACACAGAGCUCUGGAUGGCUCAGGCCCUCACACAGCUGGAUGAAGGGGAGGAAUCCACCAUAGACAAGGUCACAGUCAUGGACUACCUCAGUUAUGCCAUCUACCAGCAGGGCGAACUAGAGCGAGCCCUCGAGCUCACCAAGAGGAUGCUGAAACUAGACCCGAAUCACCAGAGGGCCAAUGGGAACCUAAAGUACUUUGAGUUCCAGCUGGAGAAGCAGAGAAAGCCAGAGUCCGAGAAGGAACAGGAAGAUAUAAAAAAAGAGAAGAAAGUGCUGGACAAACGUGACGCUCAGAGGAAACGGUCCAAAGACCCUCUGCCAGAGAGGAAGAAAUAUGAAAUGCUGUGCCGAGGAGAGGGAAUCAAACUGACACCCCGCAGACAGAGUCGACUGUUUUGCCGCUACUUUGACAACAACCGCAAUCCGCAGUUGCUUUUGUCUCCAGUGAAGCAAGAAGAUGAAUGGGACCGCCCACAUAUCGUUCGCUAUCAUGACAUCAUCUCUGACAGUGAGAUCAAGACAGUGAAGGAGUUGGCAAAACCCAGACUAAAGCGAGCAACUGUGCACGAUCCCAUUACGGGAAAACUGACCACUGCCCAAUACAGAGUCUCCAAGAGCGCUUGGCUGUCUGCAUAUGAGCAUUCUACGAUUGAAAAGAUUAACCAGCGUAUCGAGGAUAUAACUGGCCUGGAGAUGGACACGGCAGAAGAACUGCAGGUUGCAAAUUAUGGAGUUGGCGGUCAGUACGAACCUCAUUUUGACUUUGGAAGAAAAGAUGAACCAGAUGCCUUUAAAGAACUCGGAACAGGAAACCGAAUCGCCACUUGGCUCUUUUAUAUGAGUGACGUGUCAGCAGGCGGCGCUACAGUCUUCACAGAUGUCGGAGCAGCAGUAUGGCCUAAAAAAGGUACAGCAGUGUUCUGGUAUAACCUUUUUGCCAGUGGAGAAGGAGACUACAGCACAAGACAUGCUGCCUGUCCAGUAUUAGUAGGCAGCAAAUGGGUAUCAAACAAAUGGAUACAUGAACGAGGUCAAGAAUUCAGACGGCCCUGUGAAAUCUCAGAGGAUGAAUGAUAAAUUCCUUUCUUCCUUUACUCCCUGUUUAGUGUCAUGGUGUCAAUUUUGGUCAGUAUGGGAUGAGUGUCUGUUCAAGGAGCGAAUGACUGUGCAUCAGCCUAUGCAGUUUUUCUAUUGCCGUGCUCUACUAUCCCAAUAUUAAACUCAGAAAUGUUGUGAGGUUUUUAGGCAGCAACAUACCGUGACCAUUUUAGUUUAUUUAUUAAGAAUUGAUUUUUAACUUCUGUCUUGUCUUAACAGACUUCAGUUUUUUUUACGUCUUUCAUUUAAACCACUGAACACCCAUUAACCUUCGUGUAACUGUUACAGGAACACAGCAAACUGCAAGACCAACCUUUUAAGACCAAAAGAUCUGUUACAAAAAUAUGUUUUACAAAUCCCUGAAACAACUACAAAAGUACCAAAGAGUAUUUUCUUUAUUCCUGAGGCCAGUGCGAACAACUUUAAUUUGUAUUUGUUGUCUUUUUUCAUCUUUUUUUUGUUGUUGUUGUACUCGUGCGUAUGGAUGUGUGAUAGUUUUCUACAGAAAUAAAUUCUAUGCUCUCA